GCGAACUGCGGAACAUUUCAAAGAUGGGUUCUCUACUGACAACACUUAGUACUAUACGAACAUUGAAUUAUGCAUUGUCUUACUCAUCCAUGCUAGAGAUUCUGUGUGUUGUACGGUUUAUCUUGUUCAGAACCUUAUGCAGAAGUACAUCAAUGUUUGACUGAGAUCUCUUUCUUUUAUAGCUUUCAUCUAAGCAAAGAUUGGCUUCAAGCUCUUUGCUUUGGCUUUCUGGGAAAUUUCCAUCAUUAAUAGAUGUUGAGAAAACAAAUGGCUUAGGUACAUGAAAAUUUGCUUUUGCAUUAUGCUUCAUCUUGGUUUCUGAGAAAAUGCAGGAAAGUUGGCAUCUACAAAUGCUUGGUUUAAUUAGGCCCCAUAAUUAUUCCGGAUUCUGAUAAGUUUUUUUUUUUUUUUUUCCUUUUUUCUUUUUUAACUUUUAUUUGCUUCCAGUUCUCUUUUCCAAUAUCAGGGCCCAUAUACUUGCUGUUGCGUCUGGAGAAUAACAGAGAAAGACUCAAUUUCAGGGAACUCAAAGUAGAGAAUUCCCAGAGAAAAUGGAUGUUCCUGUGGGAUUCUUGAACUACUUUUGUUACUUUAUCUUUUUUCUUCCAGUUUUUGUGGUUCUAUUCAUCCUUGGAAUGAUCAAAGGUGCUAUUUUCAGCCCCUUUGUUUUCCUGGUCAUUGCUUUUGGAGAUACUGGCAUUGUUAUAGGUUUAUGGCCACUUCAUCUUGUUUGGAGCAUCUGCUGCUUACUCAAAACAAAGAAAUUUGGCCCAUAUAUGAAGUGCCUCUUGAUUUUACUAGUUCCAAUACCAAUAGCACUGUGGACUGCCAUUGGAGUUGCUGGUAGUGCUAUUAUGGGUGCUGGAUAUGGUUUUGUUUGGCCUGUAAUGGAGACAUUUAAGGCUAUCAGCAAGGAAGGUCCAAUACUCAUGAAGCUGAUUAGAUGCUUGACAGAUGGCACCUGGACCUGUGUUUGGGGAGCAUGGACUAUUGUUCGUGAUUUUGCAGAUUUUUCCUUCCAUUCGUACUUUUCUGUUAUGGAUGGGCUGGUCGGGUCAAAGGACGAGGAACCCAUUGAGCUCAAGGUUGCUCAGAUACCAGGUUGCAUUCUAGUAGCAAUUCUUGGGAUUUUGGUUGAUGUGCCUGUUAUAACCUUAAUAGUUCUGUAUAAAGCACCAAUAUUACUGUUCAAAGGAUGGCACCGGCUAAUACAAGAUCUUAUUGGGAGGGCAGGCCCAUUUUUGGAAACUGUUUGUGUUCCAUUUGCUGGGUUUUGGAUUCUGUUGUGGCCAAUUUUGGUUCUGCUAUCAAUUUUGGCAGGCAUGAUUUCAAGUUUCGGGUUUGGCUGUUAUGCUGCAGUUGUUGCAUAUCAGGAAAAUUCUACUAAGAAGGGAUUGCUUUAUGUGAUUGCUUCUGCAUCUGUAUUUGAUGAGUACACCAAUGAUUUGCUGUACCUGCAAGAAGGUUCUUGUUUCCCAAGACCUAAAUAUCGUGAACGAGUUAGUUCCAGUUGUUCACUGCAUCCACUUCCAGCAAAGAGACUGCAGGAACAGUUUGGUGGUGCUCGUGCUGGUGAAUCAUUUAAAAGAACUUCUGUUGAGAAAGCUAAUACACUGAUGACUCCAGUGAUAUGGGAUAGCUUCUUUAAAGCAUUUGAAGAUAUUGGUAAAGAGCUUCUUAGAGAUGAAGCAAUAGGAAUUUCAGAUCUAGACGCCUGGAGAAACUCAAAAUCAAAUAUUAUCAACAUGGGAAUUCCUGCAUAUGCAUUUCUUGAGUGCUUCCUCUGCUCCAUUAAGACUAGCUCCAGUGGCUUCAUCCUCCGCGAUAAUGUUGAGAUAACAAGUAUGAAUAGACCUGAAGGCCGUGUUUUCGAUUGGCUGUACGAGCCAAUGUGUAUCAUGAGAGAGCAGAUUAGGAGUCUAAAUUUAAACAAAAAUGAGGAGUUGUACUUCUAUAAACACUGCCUCUAUGGAGGUGAACCUGUAAGAAUCGAAGCUUGGAAGAAUGGUGGUAUCCCUCCAGAAGAUAAGAUUAGAAGAGCUCAGUUGGAGGGUAUGAGUAGAAGGCUGCAAGGCUUUUGUUUGACACUGUCAAGGCUGCCAACUUCUAGACGUCGCUUCUUUGAGGUAGUGAAAGCUAUUGAGCAGUGCUCGAAGGACUUGAACAGCCUUGCAGGUGGAAACAAUGAUAUAGAGACAGCCAGAUAGGUCCUUUCUGCAAAGACACAUUUGGAAUAUCUACCUCUUAGAUUGAUGUGAAGUAGCUUAUCAUCUGGUCUAAGGAAUACAUAUUUGUUAAGUGCAGUAUCCACAGUAUAUAUUGAUGCUAAUUCUAAUUUAUUUACCCAUCUAUAUUUCAUGAAGUUUUGAAGAUACGCAGCUGAUACACUCAAUGUUAG